GCUGAUGAUAUUGUCAGAGAAUGCAGAACAGUGUAUCCUGCUGUUCUCUUUAAAUUGUUGAAGUUAUGAUCUGUUACGAGACUGGGGUUCUUAGUGUUAUGAGAAUUACCAGAAGGAUCUGUCCGUUAGACAGAUUCAGAUGCUACUAAAUGGCUUUCGAUGUAUUGUAGUGUUUAAUCAACAGUUACAAUAAUAUCUGCCAGCAUUUCUAACUUUUAAAGAGAAGAAACUAACUGAAACCAGAUGCGGAUAUUCUAUAUUUUCUAAAUGACGUGACAUAGAAGUGUGCAAACAUGGCAGACUUGGACAAACAACACAUUCGCGACCUGAUUGCCCAAGGCAACAGGUUUGAAGCAAUGAACAUCUUUUUGCAAAGCAAGUUUGGAAAACCAUGUGCUACUGAGAGCAGUGUGAAGAUCAAGCGAGAGGCUGGGGAGCCCUCACUGAAGACAAAAAAGGGAAAAGAAAGCAACCAGGAAAAGGUGUCCCCACCUAAGGAGAACAGCACAAGCAGCCACACCAGCUCACCUGCGCCUGGAGAAAUGGCACUCGUGCCUGAAGUGGAGCUCAAGGAGGAUGAGAACUUAGACGUGGAUAUUGAGACAGUGGACCCCCUGAGUGAGGGCUUGCUACCCCGGCCACACAUGCUGGACCAUGGAGUUGCACCACCACUCAUGGGCCAGCCACAGCACAACAUCCAAGGUUACAACCAGAUGAGUGGGAUGGGGCACUAUGGAGCCCCCCCAGGGGGACCCUAUGGCCCCUACUGCGUGCAGGUGCCACAGUAUGGGCCACGGGCAGAUGGCACACACACAGGCUCUGUGUGGUUAGACCCCUCAGCCCAGCAGCCUCAUCCCCUUCACCCUCACCACCCACAUUUUACACCAUACUCCUCAACAGCAGCAGCAGGAAAAUGCAGAUUUUACACCAAGGGUACAGCGUGAAAAGCAGCCAGUUCCAAAUGACUUGCACAAAAAGACACACCAGAAGUUCUUCCGAGAUCAAGGUCGGCCAUACAUUUCCCGUGCGACUGGGAAGGAGAUACGAGGCCGUGCAAUGGGUCCUCCAUGUAACUGUAAAAAGAAGUGUUGGUCAAAAAUUGAACAUGGGGCUGAAGAAAUUUUCUCAGCCUUCUGGGACAUGGGCAACUUUGACGAACAAAAUGUGUAUCUUUAUGGUAAUAUUUCAAUUAAGCCAGUGAGUCGGCAUUAUGUAAAGGGGUCAAACAGACGAACCUACACUUUUACCUACUGGUGCAAAAUAAGAGGAAAACAUGUGGAAGUGUGUAAGGAAAUGUUCAUGGGUGUUCACGGCCUCCAGAACAGCAGAGGAAGAAUCGGAAACCUCAUGAAGCAGAUGAAGGAUGGAAACCUGCUCCCAAAACCCGACCAGCGUGGCAAGCAUGCAAACCGCCCAAACAAGUAUACAGAGCAAAGUCUGCAAGGAGCCAGACAGCAUAUUGAAAUGUACAUCAAUCGUAAUAUGACAUUAAAAAAAAUGUACAGAGAUUUUUAUGUGCCGUGGUGUGAAGAACACAAAUUAGUACCUGUCAGUGAAGACAAAUAUCGGCGAAUUUAUUCAGAAGAGUAUAAAGUCUCCUAAUGUUUUUAUUUUUAUAGUAUAAUCAAAAAGAGUGAGCAGGUACAACUAAUCAUUCAGUCCUCAUUAUGUUUGAAAGUUGAGUGGAACUUGACUUUGAAAUUAACCAUUUUGCAUGUCUGCCAAGUUCUUAAACUGUGAGUUUGAGAAUUAUCAUUUCAUUUUUAGUUUUCUAAAGAAUAACCCCUACUCAUGUCAAGAAUUUUGUCAGAUUAAUUUUAUUAGAACUUUAUUGUCAGAUGAAGAUAUUUUAUACAAAGGAUGAAGGGGUGAGUUCGUCUUAAUCGUUAUCAUUAUCAUUAUGAAUUCAUGAACAAAUCACAUCUAAAUCAUAUUCCACUGAGUGCAUUAAAGUGUAAUUUUGCCUCAUUAAAAUUCACCCAUUACAUUCCACUACAAUAACAGUCCUUUUACAGUAUGGUGUUUAAAUUUAGAACUUUUCCAGUGUAUGAAAUAUCCAUAAAAUGGGUAAAGAAA